CGGUCCCACUUUUCAUUGGAAGAGAUGGGCGCAGCGAAUUUCUGAGGUUUUUCCAAAAUUCAUUAGGAAUUCCCAUUUUAUUAGAGGAAAAAGGGGAUAAUAAGUGGUCACGAUGACCACUCAGUGUGUACAGGUGAAGCUGGAGUUGGGCCAUCGGGCCACGAUAAGGACUAAACCAACAGGAGAGGGAUUCACCCAUGACUGGACAAUGUUUGUCAGAGGACCAGAGGGAAGCUGCAUAGAGCACUUUGUCGACAGAGUCGUAUUCCAACUUCAUGAGAGCUUUCCAAAGCCUAAGAGAGUUGUAAAGGACCCACCUUUUGAAGUCUCUCAAGCUGGCUAUGCUGGUUUUGAGAUAGCCAUUGAUGUCUACUUUAGGAACAAGGAGGAACCCAAGAAAGUUCGCUUUCUCUAUGACCUCUUCCUUCAUGUGAGCGGUCAGCCCCCAGUCAAUCAUAUCCGAUGUGAGAAACUGACCUUCAGGAAUCCAACAGAGGACUUCAGGCGCAAGCUGCUCAAGGCAGGAGGGGUAGGAGUUAUGCCAAUGGACCUAGAUAUUCCUGCUACCACCACCAAGCUGAAUGCUACAGGGGGUAAGCCAAGCGCCCCUGCAGCCACGCCCGCUACCGACCCUUCAGCUUUCACCAAGGGGAAACCCCAGGCAGGUGCUGCAGCCUCCACAACUCACCAAGGCUCUAAGAAACCCAAGAGUAUGUCCUCCUCCUCCUCAUCAACCCCUUCAUCAGCAUCAACGAUACCAAGCAAGGAGAGUGGGAAAGCCAGCACCCCAAAGACGAAGGAACCUAAGGAACCCAGCAAGCCAAAGACAAGCACAAAAGAUAGCAAGACCACCUCAAAGGAUUCCAAGACUUCAACAAAGGAGUCCAAGACUUCAACUAAGGAGCCCAAGUCUUCAACAAAGGAGUCCAAGUCAGUCUCUAAAGAGCACAAAGCAAGUCCUCGAGAGCCAAAGCCGAGUCCAAAGGAACCCAAACCCAGUCCCAAGGAAUCUAAGCCCAGUCAGAAAGUGAGUUCUAAAGACAUUAAGUCCACUAGUGAGAGCAAGUCAUCCAGCAAGGAUAACAAAGACUCUAAAUCAAGUGGAAAGGCCAAAGAAAGCAGCAAACAAACCGCCAAGAGGUCAGCUGCAGAGGCCUCCCCGAUGUCCUCCACUCCUGCCAAGAAAAGGAAGCAGAGCACUUCAACCAAGGAGGAUAAGAACAAAGAUGAAACAUCUCAUGAUACAAAAACAUCAAAGGUAAAAUCAGAAAAAAAUCCAUCAAGCGAGAAAGAGAAGUCGUCGGCUUCAGAAAAGGGGAACAAAAGUAAAGAAAAGACAAGUAAAGUAAAGAAGAAUACAAGCAGCUCCAGUAAGAGUACACCUGCACCUGAUCAGGGCCUGUUUACACCAGAGGUCUCUAAAUCAAAGACCAAGUCCAAAGCCAAGCAGACGAAGGAACCCAAGAAAGAACCAAAAGAACUGCCUCCAUUUGAUGCCGAGCUCAGUACAGAGGAGGCAGAGCAUGACGCUCCGAGUCCAAGUUCCAGUAUCAGUUUCUCGUCGUUGACCCUCCCAGGGCGGGGCGGUGGUACAGGCACCCUGGGGAUGCUCAUGCAGGACUUGGAAUAUGAGGAUAAUGACGACGAUGAUGAUCAUGACAUGGAGAGACCAUUCCAGAACAGUGCUCCACCUCCUGGAAGACAUCGCUCCAUGUCCGGUGACAGCAACCUUAGUAGUAAUAGUCGGCACAGCUCACCCUCGCCAGAAAUUGAGAAGCCAAAGCCUGUUUCAAAGUCAAGCUAUGGCUCGAACAAGAAGUCGGGCACAACGGGCAAGAAAGGUUCCAAAGUUGAAAAGAAACCCAAGAAUGUUGAAAGUAAACAGAAAUCAUCUCAAAACAGUAACAUUGAUUAUUUGUAUGAGCUAGUUGACCUGCACAAAAGACUGAUGAAACUCACAGACAGAGACAAAUUGCAGAAGGUCGUUGACCUAAUUGGAGAGACAGGGUCAUUCAAGGUCACAGACACGACAUUUGACUUUGACUUGUGUUCCUUGGACAAAAGUACUGUGAGGAGGCUGCAGGAAUAUGUUCCUACAUUGUAACUACCAUGCAAUCACGUGUUGACCUGGUGAAUCAUCAUCAGGUCAAGAAAGGUCACCAUCUCAACUUUUGACCUGUAGUUCAUAUUGUCUGUUUAGAGUUGGAAGGUCGAUGUCUUAUUAGUCUCAUAUAAUUUUGUACAGGUUUAAAGCACUUUUGACUCUCAACAAACAAUGUGUGGUACCUUGCUGGGAAACAGAAGCUGCAGCAUUGUAUAUGUUUGUAUUGUCUAGAUUUCGUGCUGUAUAAAAACAUAGCCACAUUCACGCGCAAUUUUUAAUGUAAAAUUCUAGUGUAUUAUGUAAAUAUUUGUACAUGAAUUUGAAACAUUUUGUAUUAAAAUGUAAAUAUAAAGUAGUCAGAAGCUGUGACACAUGCGUACUACUGCCAAGUACGGCUUAUGUCUUUAUGUUUCCUGGUUUUACCAUGGAGUGCUCAAAGAAUGUUUUAAUGAUGCUUUAGCAGUCCUAAUGUUUAUUUAUUUGCUUCUGUUAAUGGCAUGCGCUUAUUUAACUUCAGAGAAAAGAGAUUUAUUUUUAUACGGUUUGUUUGAUUUAGGCUUGAUGCAAAUACACUCAAAAUUUGAAACGGGAUACUCAACCAUUGAAAUAAAAAGUGGUACUGCAGUGAUGACAAAUUCAAAAGUUAGAGUGAAUUUCAUUGGCUACCAACAAACAGGUUGUUACUACUUUCAACAAGCCUUCUUUGCAGAGGGCUCAUGAUCUAUAGUCAAUUUAGUUAUUCACAAAAGAGGGAUGAAUUCUAAGCUAAAGAAUUAAAGGAAUGAGGAAUUGUAGAAAGAAUCCCUAUUUCUGUCAUCACUAAAGCAACUUGUCUAUCAUGUGCACCGAUAGGCUGAUCUUGAUAGCAUAAAGGGCUGGGCAUACCUCACAGUUAAGAUAAACCCUAUGCAUUUGAAAUUAUAAUGAUGAUUUUAUAUCAAGUUGUCGUACCUUAACAAUAUAAACAUUGGGGUUCUGUCUGUGACUUCUGUCACGAAGCACAAGGGACACACCAUCUCCUCUGAAUUGACAUCACAUUAAAGGAGUAAACUUACUGUCUCUCAGGUAUCGUCGUUGAGAUAUUCCAACAAGAAUAUAAUCAAUGAGGGAGGCUCAGUAGCAUAAAUCGUUGAGGUCCAGUGUAAACAUAUGUUUCUGUUUGCAGGAGCUCCUUAAGAAUUUGAUCUUGUAUACAUGCGAUAUUCUCACAGUAGUAUUAAAACAUUCUAAUGGUUUUUACCAGAGCUCUUUCCCAUUUAACAGAGCAAUUUUAGAGCCUUCGAGACAGAAUCGAGAGCUUAAUCGCUCAUCGCUCAUAAUAUCUGGCAUACAACAACCAUUCUAAUUCCUUUUACGCAUAAACAAGAUAGGAGUGAUUUGGGAACGAUUUAUCAUUAUUGGUGAGGUGUGAACAGCCCUUAAACAAAAUAACUGAAAUCAGACUCAAAUAGUGGAGUGUAUUUACAUCAGGAUGGUCUCAGAAAGGUGGAUGAUUUAUAUUUUUUGCACUGUUUUUAUAUUCACAAAUUUAGCAAAGCCAGCAGCAUUGUUUCAAUUUUUUGUUUUACUACAAGUAGCAUUUUUAAAGAAAUUUUGAAUUACUGCUUAGGUUCAGAUACAUGAGAAGAUGGUGCAUGCAUGUUACUGGAGGUUCAAUGGUAUGCAAUGUUUAAUGUAAUGUGCAACUUAUUAUUUUGGCUUAAGAUAUUAAAAAGGCUAGUCUUCCCAAAUUUUCUGAAAUGAUCUGCAGGUUCGUUUGCUAAUUGGAUUGUUAAAUUUCGACUUCGACCUCUUUUGAUAAAAUAUGAGAUUUUCAAUGACUGCAUAUUGGCAAAAUUUGUAUCUCCCUUCAAGCCAGUUUUGUAUUGCAAUGAGCGUAAGUUUGAACAUCAUUUUUUUGACUUAAAUUAACUAUGCAUUUAACACUAGUUAAUAGACAUUAAAACAUUUGCAGGGUUUUAAAAAAUAGUAACAUUUCAUCUAAACUCUUAUUCAGUUUCACUAAAAUCAUGUUAAGGAGAAAUGUAUAUAUUUUUUCCAACGAUGAAAAAAUAUCUGCUGCAGUCUCCCAGCCUCUGUUUUCACUGCUUCCCCCCAAAAAUUCCUUGUCUUUUUCAGGACUUUUCAAGAACCAACCAUGCUUAUGCCUGUUUCUACAUUUAAUUUGUUUUUCUUUUUAAACAUUUUUUAAAAGGAGAUUUGUGUACUAGCUAAGCCAAUGAAAUUUAGAUAUUCCCAGCUUGCAAACUUCAUUCUAAGUAUUUAAAAAGCUGCUUUGUGUGCUUAUUUGUAAAAACACUAAAAUGAAACAAUAUUGAGUGAUAAGGACACACAUUCAGUAUUACAUUUGUACAUCAACAUACUCUUAUCAUGCUUGUAUUUUUAAAGAUGUCUGUACAUUUUUUACAUGUAAUCACACUAUUGAGAUUUGCUCACCUUAUUGCUAUUUGCACAGUGGUAAAUCAUUGGUAAAAUAUCAUUUUUGCAGAUAUUUGUACAAAGUAUUCCCUGUUUUGUAUACUGGUAUCUACUUCUGUAUCUGUUAUAUCCUUUUCCUUGUAACCUCUUUCUUUGUCAAUGAGCAAAAUACCUGAUUUUUUUUUAAUAUACUUAAUUUCCAUUCCUCCACUUUGAUUAUUAGAUAAAGCAGAAAGCCCUACCAUUAUUUUCCUUUUUAUUUGACACACAUGUACAAAAACAACAGAAGAAUGUGAAUUUUCUUUUCUUUGCCAAACUUAUUUUGUAAAAAUAUACAUUUUUAGGGAGAGGAAGAAAUAAAACUUAUACUUUCCCUCAAUUCAACCCUUUUUAGAUCUUGUUCUGAGAUCAUCUUCUUUGAAGCAGAAAGCCAUUUUUGACAAAUGUUUGGAAUGUGUGAUCCAUGUUUACAAGUUUCUUUCAUAUUUUUAAAUUCUUUUCUAUAGUUGAUUGUGGAUGAAUACCAUUAAAGAAAACCCAAAACUAAUCACACUUUCCUGCCAAGGAACCUUAUGUUCAUGCAUGCAGUUCUGUAUAGUGUAUACCAGUAAUCUUUUCCCUCCCAUCACAGAUUCAUAUUAUUUCUCCAUUUUUUGUUAAACCCACAACACAUUAUAGUAUACUAUCCGACUACAGUUUGAUUUUGGAAAAGAAGGGAUAUCCUUAGAUAGAAAAUUGUUAAUAUAUAAAACAUUGUUUGUUAUAGUGUCAUGACUAGUUAAAUGAAUGAUUGCUUUGUAUCAUGGGUCGUGUAGUCGAAGAAAACCUACUGUAUACUGUAAAUCUUGGUGAGUUUUUCCCCCAAGUUGAGCUAACCUUGGCCUUAUCUGUCAUAUUGACGUUGGGAACCUGAGUGAAAAAGACUUACAUGUUGACAAUUUCAUUUCUAAUGAUAUUUCAUUUUCUUCAAAAAGCAUAUCGCAGUCAGAUCAUGUAAUGUGUGAUGGGCGUAAACUUAAGCUGUCAGAGCAUACUUCUCUAUUUCUGUACCGUGACUUGUGAGGUGGGCCGUCCAUUGGAACUUGUAAAUAAUCUCUAUUUGAUUGUGAAUGACAAUGUAAUGUACAGCGCAAACAUGUUUUAUAUAUACAUACAUAUAUAUAUGCAGGAUGCAUGAAUCUUUGUGACCGUAUGCACAUGAAAAAUACUUGUCUUGUAUCACUGCCACUUUGCAUAUCUUUUUCAAAACACAUAUCCAUAGCUAGAUUAGUAGCUAGUCUAGAAUUCCGCAGUCUUGCAGUUUAGAAAAAGACUAACAAAAUGUGUCGGUGCAAGAUAGAAAAGAGAAAUUGUAUGUGUCACACAUAUGCUGCAGUAGAAGAAGUUAAUGGUCGAAAGGAAAUUUCUUGAUUUAUGUCAUUGUGGUGUGCUAGAAAUAACAUCCCAAAGGAUUGCUGAUUUUUACUCAUAAGGAUGAAGUAGAGAAUAUUUGAAGCAUAAACCGGUAACUUUUGACUAGAUUUUUAUUAUUAUUUCAAAUGGAAAGCUAAAUCAUGCCUCUAAAAUUAACCUAAACAGUUUAAAACAAAGUUGGUUGAUUUUGUAAGAAAGGAAAUGCCAAGUAGAAUGUUAAUAUUGAUCAUAGCAUUCUCUGUCCCAUUUGUAUUGAUUGAAGAACUUAAUGUAGAUAAUAAAACAAAAUAUAGAAGCAAAAGUUAUAACCAGAAUACAGGAUACACUUAAAAGUCAAUCUCAAUGUUUUGUGGGAUCGUCCGUGUAAAAGAGAUUUUGAAUUUGAAGAAUCUUGAACUUUAUACUGUCAAGCACUUUCUACUUUAUAAUAAGGGGACUAUCUUGGCAAGACCGCCUUGGUUUUUUAGGGUACCCAUGAUUCCAUAUUUCUGAUUUGUAUGUGUAAAUGCUUUUAUUGGACUUAGAUAAAAUUGAAUUUGAAUUUGAACUUGAACUUUUGAAAGAAAAUAGAAUAAAAUAAAGAUAAUUCCUGAUAUGAUAUUAAGAUAUUGUCUGUUAAGAGCCAGGAGGGUUUUAACUCUGUGUUUAAAUGAUAUAUGAGUUAACAUCCUUCUGGCUCCGAAUAGAAAAUAUUAUGAAUUGCAUCAGAAUUAGCAAUAUGAAUUUUAACAAAUUAUUUGCUUAUAUGAUCUAGAGUUGUAUCCAAGCAUAUUUUGACGUUGAACAAAAUCGGGGGAAAAAAACUCCAAACACACAAUUGGUUAAUUGUCCAAUGACAUUAAGAACCAGCAUCAGCUCUCUCACAUUCCCUUUCUUCUCUCUCUCUUUAAUGGUGUUAUUUUUUUAUUGAUUAUUCAUUUUUCUUGUUGUUGUUUGUUGAAAGACCAAACUUGUUGAGGAUAGAAAAACUUUAGAAUUUUGCCCUUUUUCUUGUACUUUAAAGAUGCUAUGGAACUUAACAGAUGUCAGUGCUGGACCCUGUUUCACAAAACUUGUUAUCAAGAACAGCUGCCAUAGAUCUAUGAUGAAUCUGCUCACAGCCAAUCAAAUGCGAGGAUUUCAGUAGCUUAUAACAACUAUUGUAACUUGUUAUUGAUAACAAGUUUUAUGAAACAGGCCCCUCAUCUUUGUAUUUGUAUUGUGUAAUACCCUAUACAGUGGAACAUCAUUAUAAAUAACACUAAAAUAACAAAUUUGCUAUAAUAUCAUAACAUUCUGAUCUUAUUUCUUCAUUCUGUUGUUUUGUAGCCUUGAUAUAACAUGGUUUCACUAAAAACAUCAUACUUUUUGAGAACUUUGUUAUAAUGAGAUUACACCUGCAUAGCAAAACUUAAAGAAGAAAAAAUAAUCUUACAUCUGAAAUACUAGUUAAGUUUGCACAAAUCAGUUUGCACAAAUGUAUUAUCAAAUAUUUGUCACAUUUACUCGUGAAUCAAGGUGAUUUAGUUGACCAUUCAAUACUCUACUAGAGGCAGGUUUACCAUAUCUGCUAUUAAGAGCAAAAAGGAUGUUGUUACCUUAUAUAAUGCCCCUUUUGCUCUCAGCAGACAGUAUGUAUUUCAUUCCGUGGAAAUGGUAAAAGGGAGUUGAUGUUACAUCUUCAAUAUUCAUAAGUUGUCAACAAAUCAAUGUUCCUUUUUGCUUUGUGAAGCAAAACACAUUCAAGAGAGUUAAAUGAAAGGUGCUACUUAAAAAAUGCUGUAAAAUAUACUGCUUGAUAUUCAUAAUUUCAGUACAGAUCAUUAUUGCAUAUGUUAUUUAGAAAUAUAGUCGACAUAGUUACACCAAGUUGUCAAGCGUUUGAAUUUAUGCCCGUAGUUGCAUGUAAGUUUUGAAAGAUGUAUGAUUAUGGACACAGAAAAGGUCAAAAUAAUAAUUACUCACAGAUUCAAGAAAUGAAGGCAAUUAACCCUUGUGUCAACUUUUCAUAAUCAUUUUAAUUUUGUGUGAGCUGCGAAAGAGGUGCUCUUCUGUCAUUUGAAAUAUAAUCAUAUUUUUUCAUUUAGAUUCCAAGGUGUACAUCAAUUAGGUAGCAUUAAUUAAUUUCUAAAGUUAAAAAUGGUUGUACCAUAAGAUAAUGAUUAUAAACAUUUCCACAAAAAUGCAGAAUUUGAGUUCUUACAUUUUUUAAUUUAUUGCAAAACCACUUUUUUGCCUGAAGGUAUAAGCCACUUUGAGAAUGUUUUGUUUUGUUUUUUUAUUAAAACCUCUGGUCAAUAUUUAGGAGAAUUAACACUCUAAAACUCAAUAACUUUAAAAAAGAAAAUGUUUAUAUUUAUUAUCAACAUCAUUUUAUGAUAAAAAUAAUGAAACCUAUCUUCUUUUUUUAAAGGUUGUAAUUACAAUCAUUUAUUAAGUGUAUGAACAUGAAAUAAUGAUGGCUUUUUGAUGAAAUGAACAUAUAUAUUUUUUUUAAAUAAUUAAAAAAAUUGUUCAAUUUGGUUAAUUUAUCUAUUAUUAUUCAAAUUGAAUGUAUUUGAAUACCUGAUUAAUUUCGUGAUUGAUAAUAUUAUUGUCCAUCUUGAUGUCCUGAAUGUGCUCUUAUUUUUCCACUUACACUUGUCAUUAAUUUAUAUUUUCUUCCUGAUGUUGGGCAAAAAAUGGAGAUUAAAUAUCUUGAUUAAAGAAUCUUGUUGUUGAUUUUACAUUGUAUAUGAAUUAGAAAAUAUAAACUGUGAGUUUGAAUAUCCUAA